GGGCGGGCGGGCGGUUGCGCCGUCCGCGCCGCUGUUGCUGCGGGGCGGGAGCAGCGCAGCCGCGGCCCCCGCGCCAUGGAGGCCCGCAGCGGGAGCCGCCCGGCCGGGCUCGCCCUCGGGCCGGUGGCCGCGGUGCUGCCGGCGGGCGGCAGCGGGGAGCGCCUGGGUGGUGCCACCCCCAAGCAGUUCUGCGCCGUGCAAGGGAGGCCGCUCAUCAGCUACACGGUGCAGGCAAUGGAGAGGAUAGGUUGGAUAUCCAACAUAAUUGUGGUGGUCUCUCCUGAAAAUACUGAAACAAUGCAGUCUAUCAUUGAAAAAUACGGCCACAAAAGAGUUAUGAUAGUAAAAGGUGGAAUAACUCGUCACCGGUCAAUUUUCAAUGGACUGAAAGUGUUUGCAGAGGAUCAAUUUUUCAACUGCCUGCUCCAGAAACCAGAAGUAGUGAUUAUCCAUGAUGCUGUGAGGCCAUUUGUUGAAGAAGAUAUCCUUUCAAAAGUGGUUAUGGCUGCUAAAGAACAUGGGGCAGCAGGAGCAAUUCGUCCUUUGGUUUCUACUGUGAUUGCCUCUGCUCCAGAUGGCUGUUUAGACCACUCAUUGGAACGUGCCAGGUACAGAGCGAGUGAAAUGCCUCAGGCUUUCUUAUUUGAUACAAUCUACGAAGCAUAUCAACAGUGUACAGACUAUGACCUGGAUUAUGGAACUGAAUGUUUGCAUCUGGCUCUGAAAUACUGUAAAACAAAUGCCAAACUUGUUGAAGGAACAGCUGACCUCUGGAAGGUGACCUAUAAGAGGGAUCUGUAUGCAGCUGAAUCGAUUAUCAAGGACAACCUAUCACAACAAGUUUGUGUUAUUACCAAUGCGAAGGAAGCUGUUGCACAAGUAGGUUUUCUCCUUCAUGAAACUCUGAAAAGACAAAUAAAAGUUGAAGCUAUAUCAGUAUCUCCAAGCAUAAAUGAUAGCCAUCUACAAAACAUCUUUUCAGGACAGUGCUACAAUCUUGUUUGCAUAAAUGAUCAAAAGUUUGACAUUCAAGAAAUCCAGCAACUAGUGGCUAUGUUGGAAAAAUCAAAUAUUCCUCUCUUAUAUCCAGUUGUCCUUAUUUCGGUACACUUGGAUAUUUCAGAAAACAUUUCUUUCCAUAUUGGAAUGGAAGAACUAACUGGGAUCAAGAAAUUUGCAAGGGAAGUGAAAAAGAAAAAUAUUUUGGUUUAUCGUCUCCUUAUCCAAUAUAAGGACCAUGUGCUGCUUCAGGAGACAGUACAUUCUGCUGCUGCUCUUAUAAUGGCGUUAAUAAAGGACAGAAAUCCAGAGCUGACUGGGCAGCUGUUGGUAGCAUAAGAUCAUAAAUAAUGUGUAGCUUUUGGAAAUGUUUCAUCAUCCAUUCACCAAAGGUCUUGAAUAAUUUUACUCUCUGAUGAAAACUCUGGAUUUAUUAAGUUUACUAUUAAUCUCUUUUAACAACAUAUUUUUGAUACUUAAAAUACAAGUCUGAUACUAUGUAUAGAGUGUAACAUUAAAUACAAAUAAUGCUGUGAUACACUGGGUGCAUACUGUGAGGAGUGGUACUGAAAUGUUUUUAUGAGGUACUGAUCAUUUAAAAAGGUGCACAAAGGACACCAAAGCCUUCAGUCUUCAUGCAGACUUGUCUUCAACCAUGUAUGUGUAUUGUACUCUAGGACUGCAUGAAUGAAAUGUGAUUUAAGAUAAAAUAAUCCUAGAGCACAGCUCUUGUUCUUUGUAUGAAAUUAUUUACAAGUUGCUGCUAUACCUAUUAGUGAACGUAGAGCUCAUUAUACAGCACAGCCUUCCUGACAGCAACAGAAUGGCACAUUGCAAGAAGUGUUUGAAGGGUCUGGUCCCUGUCCUCAUGUAAUGAAGGUAACCUUGAAACAAAGAAAAGACGUGCAUGGAGGCAAUGAAGUGCAAGCCCCAGUUUUCCAGAGGUGAUGUGCUCUGCUUGUAGCACUCCUUAGUGCUACGUUUCUCCCAGUACUUAUGUGCCAUCAUUUCAAGUAGCUCCAACACCUCCUCUGAGCACUGUAUGACACAAACUUGGUGUUUGCACACGUGUAUGGGUAUGCAUGUGUGUAUGUACACAUGCUUAAAGGAAGAAGACUGAAAAAAAAAAUUCACAACCCAAUCUGUAAGUAUUGGAGAAACAGGAAGAUUCUGUUGGCUCAUUUACAAGAACACAGUUUUCAUCUCUUGCUGGUUAGUAUAUGGCUGUAUUAAAGACUAGUGAAGAGAACUGGGUGUCAUGGGUUCAAAUAUAUGUUACAUUGAUAUUCAAGUGUGGAAAGAUGGUGCAGGAAGGUAAAAUCAUGAAUGUUUAUUAUGUGGAGUAUCUCCAGGUUUCGCAGCCACUAAGAGCAAUACAAGAAGAGGAGAGUCCCUGAAAACACCUGUCCCUUCCUCUACACCAGAUCCUGGAAUUCCAGAUUUCCUUCAGCUUAUGAAGAGGUUAGGUUAAUGUCUUAGAUACCUGAUGUGAUUGGAAUAAAGUCAUAGAGGCAUAUCUCUCUACCUGAAGUGUCCAGUGAGCCUCGCAAUCAGCCUGUCCUGACUGAGAGCACUGUCACUUCAGCAAGUUUCCCUCUAAAACCAGCAUUCCUCCCCUUACUCCCACCAUAUUCCACUCCUGGUGCUCAGACAAAACUUAGGAUGGCAUGAUCUGGGCUUGAUCCCCUUCCUCUUUCACUUUUCCUGACUAUCUGUAUCUCUCUUUUAAAUCUCUUUUAGAAGCUGAUGUUGAUCCCAAAGUUCCUUCAUUACAUUAUAAAGAGUUUUUGGUUGUUUUAUAUCCAAAGCACACAUUUUCUUCCACACAGAAGUCAUUGUAAGACAAAGUUCUUGUGCACCAUCUGCUUUCUUCCUUGCUUCUCUCUCCUCUCUACUUUGAUUAAUAAUUUGUCCUUUUCUGACAUUGCACAGCAUAAGCAUUCAUAUGAGCUCUGUGUACGGCUUUACAACAGGCAUAUUUUAUUCAUAUAUAUAUUUAUGACUGUUCAUAUGCAGAGUACACAAAUAAAUGAGGAAUUAAAGAAUUACUACUGGCAUUCAUAAUUUAACAGGGCAGCUUUCACAAAUAAGUUUUCUGAAUUCCCUUUUACAUUAAUGAAUUUGAUGAAGAAAUUUGUCUCACAGGCUUUUAAAAGACAGGAUGAAAGAUGUUUCUUUGACUGCAUUUUCUGACUCUUCUUCCCUUGAAGACUGAAAUACAAUCCAUGAUGUGUUUUCCCCACAUAAUAAUAAGCAAGUGAGUUUAGAAAAUCCUUUAUGUUUUCCAUCCGCUCUAAUUUACACGUUGUGAUACUGCCUUAGCAUUGGAUUGUGUGUAACUUAGCAUUUGCUUAAGCAGAACCUUUACCUUAUUCUCUUAAAAGGAUAUUACUGCAAUGAACAGCUAUAAUGAAAAAUUAUAUUGUGGUUGUUUAUGGAUUUAUUUUUAAAGGAGAACAGGCAACACCGAAAAAAAAGUUUCAAGUUAUCAAACAUUCUUAGUACUAAUCUUGAAUGGAAGAUUGUAAGCUUUAUUAAGGUAUUGUUACUGAUUGCAUGAUGGAUUUUUUAAUCUUUUACAAUCUUUUAAAAUAAUCUAAAAACACUGGAAAAUCUGUUUUGCUGGAAGCAAAUACACCAAAACCAGAGCUCCUAAAACAGAUCACAAAAUACUGGAAUUGCAGUUAAAAAAAAAAUACACAAAACAAAACCUAACUAGAAACUUCUCUGUGAUUAAUGCUAUUGUGUAUCCAAACCAAAUUUAAAUGGUCUUUUGGAUGAUUGUUAAUACUUACAAUGGGAAUAAAGAUAUAAAAUGAAAUUAAGAAA